AUGGAUAGUAAGGUUGUAGAAAAGAAAGAUGACCCCGGAGCGUUCACCAUUCCUAGUAAAAUUAUGACAUAUGAGUUUGCAAAAGCUCUAUUUGACCUUGGUGCGAGCAUCAACUUAAUUCCUUUUGUCAUCUACAAGAAGCUUGGAUUGGAUGCCCCUACACCAAACUCUAUUCGACUUUUCGUAGCGGACCAGUCCAUCAAAAGUUCGGUGGGAAUCUUAUUUGAUAUCCUUAAGAAAGUGGACAAGUUCAUACUCCUAGCAGAUUUCAUGGUGUUGGAUUGUGAAAUAGACCAAGAGGUACUUAUCACCCUUGGUCAUCCUUUCUUGGCCACUGGUAGAGCUAUUGUCUAUCUAGAGAUAGGGGAAAUGAAAUUUAGGGUUCAAGAGGAUGAAGUUUCUUUAAACAUUUGCAAGUCAAAGAAACAAACCGUGGAGCUUCAAGUAAUAUCUGUGGUAGAUGUUGAAAAUGAGAACAUAAAUGAGGAGGGGUUUGAAGACCCACCUUGA